AUGAAUAUGUCUGGUGUAGUUCUAUUUACACUUUCUGGCUAUAGUGUGACAGUCAACUAUAGAAUCUUACUUUUCUCUUUCAGUUUACUGUGUUAUUGUCUAAUCCUGGUGGUAAAUGUGUCUCUCAUUUUAACCAUAAUCUUGGAUCACAACUUACAUGAACCCAUGUAUGUUUUUUUGUGUAAUCUGUGCUUCAAUGGACUCUAUGGAGCUGCUGGCUUUUAUCCUAAAUUUGUCUUUGAUCUGCUGUCUGACGUUCAAGUAAUAUCAUAUACAGCAUGCCUUUUGCAAGUCUUUGUUAUAUACUCCUAUGCAACAGGUGAUUUCUCUAUUUUAGCUCUUAUGGCCUAUGACAGAUAUGUGGCCAUAUGUCGACCCCUGGAGUAUCACUCUGUGAUGUCUGUGCAAAGGACUGCUGCGUUAAUAGCUUUUACCUGGGUUGUACCUCUAAUGUGUCAGUGUAUGGUUGUAACUUUGACAUCCACACUGAAAUUAUGUGGCUCCCGCAUAGAUAAACUCUAUUGUGAGAACUGGUCAAUUGUUAAACUUGCCUGUGGCUCAACCAGAACAAAUAGCAUAGUUGGAUUGAUUGUUAUUGCUUUCUAUUGUGCUCAUGUCCUC